GCUGGAGAGUCUGGGAAAAGCACCAUUGUAAAGCAGAUGAAAAUUCUGCACCAGGGUGGCUACACGAAAGAGGAGCAGAUGGCGUUCAAGUCCAUCAUCUACGGCAACAUCCUGCAGUCCGCCAUGGCCAUCAUUCAGGGCAUGCAGCAGCUGGGCAUCGACUACGGGUCACCUGCUGCUUCGGCAGACGGCCAGAAGCUGCAGAACCUGUCGGACUCUGUCGAGGAGGGUACCAUGCCUCCUGAGCUGGCGGAGCUCAUCAGGAGGCUGUGGCAAGACUCGGGCGUCCAGGCCGCUUUCGAGAGGGCUGCCGAGUACCAGCUCAAUGACUCCGCCGCCUACUACCUCAACGAACUGGACCGAAUCACAAAGCCCGAAUACGUUCCCAGCGAACAGGACGUGCUACGAUCUCGAGUCAAGACCACUGGUAUCAUAGAGGAGCAGUUCUCCUGCAAAGAGCUGCACUUCAGGAUGUUUGAUGUCGGCGGCCAGCGGUCAGAACGCAAGAAGUGGAUCCACUGCUUCGAGGGAGUCACCUGCAUCAUCUUCUGUGGAGCCCUCAGUGCCUACGACAUGGUUCUGGUGGAGGACGACGAAGUGAACCGCAUGCACGAGAGUCUCCAUCUGUUCAACAGCAUCUGCAACCACAAAUUCUUUGCCACCACCUCCAUCGUGCUCUUCCUCAACAAGAAGGACCUCUUCGUAGAGAAGAUCAAGAAGGUCCACCUCAGCAUCUGCUUCCCUGACUAUGACGGCCCCAACACGUACGAAGACGCCAGCAACUACAUCAAGGCACAAUUUGAGGACCUGAACAUGAAAAAGGGGGUAAAGGAGAUCUACUCCCACAUGACGUGUGCCACGGACACGAAGAACGUCGAGAUUGUGUUCAACGCCGUAACGGACAUCAUCAUCAAGGAAAACUUGAAGGACUGUGGUCUCUUCUAACCGACAGCAGUGAGAAAAGUGGUUGCCCUCCCCCAUCCCUCUCCUGUCCAGAUUGGCUUUACUUUGGAGCUUCGCCGUGAGAGAGGCGCCGAGUUGACCGCCCAGCCCCUCCCCCGGCCGCCCAGUCAGCGAUGUCACCGUCACGCUCCUAUGCGACACAGUAGCACACAGGGCCACAGGCAUCCAGGGGUUAUCGUAGCUUUUGCAGAAGCAGCAGGAUGUGGACCGUCCGAGUUCCUCUUCCACAAGCAAACGUGGACCGAGCGGAAUUCCGAAGAACGCCACGGCUGGGUUCGCAGCGAGGGCGCACGCAGCCGCAGGGCUGCUGUCCUUCACCUGAGACCCCCUGCAACCUGAGAACACACACGGAACCAAACAAAGUCCAAAAGCAGCAGGAAGAAGCUUUACACUCCUGCAUUCUACUCUUUUUAUCCCUAAUAGCAUUUAGCAUCUCCAUUUCCUAAAAAACUGAUCAGUAUGUAAU